CCAAACAAGAAUAAAAAUAGAAAGGAAGUUCAUUUUGUUUUAAAUUUAUUACGUUUUAUGAUUUAACACAGUUGAGCCUGUACACUUGUUCGGUCUUAACAUUGGCUGGCUCUAGAAUGACUUUGUUACGCUAUGAAACUUGUCAUUAUUAACUAAUUUUGGGCCUCAAAGAAGAAAGAAAACAUGGAAGAUAUAGAAAUGGGCUGCAUAAUGAUCGAUGUGUCAGUUGUAGCUAAUCUUGUGGAAUACAUUGAAAAGUAUAGGAAUCCGUAUUAUCAUCGUUUAAAAGACAUGGCAAUGGAAAUAAGAAGUAUAAUGCAGAGACAAGAACGUCUGGGCAGAGGCAUUGAUAAAACAGUCUACGAAGCAAAAAGCGAAUUAAAUACUAACAAGUUACAGAUGCGACAUGUUUCAAAAGAUUUGGAAAAUGUGAAGAUAAAAAUACCCGCAGUCAGGCAAAAAAUAACGUAUGAGAAAACGCUAAAGGAUAAGGCUAAAGACCUUGGAAUAAAGAACACUGUUCCUGAAUCAGACAUCAAAAAACUUGCCAAUGUAAAAGACAAGGAAAUUCAAUUGCUUACAAAAGAGCAAAUGCGCCUUAAGUCUCGCAACACAGAGUUAGAGACUAGAUUACGAACAUUUCAAGAUAAAGUAAAAGAGUUGAAAUUGAAACAUGAACACGAUGAUAUGCAAAUUUGUAAAUGUAGACUCCUUCACAAACACAUGUCAAUGAAUAUGGAAGAAGCACUUAAAACAUUGUAUGAUGUCGAUAUGCAAUUAGAUGCAUUUUUAUCACCACAGAAGACGUAUCUAGAAGCACAGCCAAUGCAUGUCGAAAAGUGUUUUACAAAAUAUAAAUAUAUUGGUAAAACAUCAUGUUUAGAAGAGGUUGCUUAUUCUAUAAGAAAUAAAUUAAAGCUGCUUCAAAGAAAUAUUAACAACGAAGAUAACGAAAUAACACACCAAGAACAUGUCCAUGAAGAAAUUACAGGAAUUAAGGCUCAUUUUAAAAAAAAGGAAGCAGAAUAUUAUCAGAAUAUUUAUAAACUAAGAAGAGAACUGCAAGAAAAGGAUGCCCAUUUAUCCCAGUUGAAAGAUCGGCUAAUAAAUGUAGAUGCAAAACAUACUCUUAAUGAACAAGAAAUCCUUAACUCUGAACGAAGGCUAACUGAAUCAAAGGAGGAAUCGUACCACAUCGAACAUGAACUGUGUCAAUUGAAGAAAAAUAAUGAAUAUUUAAAAAAUGAAAUAGGGAGAAGAGAAGUCAAACUUCGUGAACAUGAAGUAGAACGUGUUCAAAUGUUGCGAAAAUUGAAGGAUUCCAACAAACAAGUCCGUUUAAUGCAAACGAAAAAUGCAGAAUUGCAAAGAGAUUCCGCAAAGUAUGAUCAAAUAAAAAAUGAUCUCGAAACACAGAUUGAAAAUAUGAAUAAGAAAUACGUCAUUGUAAAUGAGCGGCAAGAAAAACUUACAAUGGAGAAAGAUAAGAUAAUAUCAGAAUUGAACCAAACAAUCAUUGAACUAAAACGAAAGAUAUCUGAUCUGAAAGAUACCGAAAAAUCACUUAAUUUAGAAAUAAGAGAUAAAGACAACUGCAUUUCUAUGUUAUAUGACGAAUUGGACAAGUACACCAAAAUGGUUAAAAAGAAGGAAAUAGAAUUGGAAAGAAAAAUGGAAAAUAAAAUGCAAAUAUUUAAGUCCAAUCUUAACAAAGAUCUUCCAAACAAAGAUUCAAAUUUCUAUGAAACAGAAAUAGCUAAGAAAGACCAAAUGUUAGUCAAAAUAAAUGAGGGGAGGAAUAAAAUGGAAGCAAGCGUAAAAACUUUAGGGGAGGAAGUCAAGGCAAAAGAUGCCAAAAUAGAUGCCCUUGCUACCGAGCUUCAACAAAGGUUAGAACACCACAACAAAACUCAGAAAAAUCUCGAAAACAUUAUCAGUUCAAAGGAGAAAUUGGUUCUUGAUCUUGAGAGAAAAGUUGAGCAGCAAGACGCUCAAGUUGACAGUCUUAAGAAAAAUCUUGAACAGGGCUCGUCAGAAAACGUUUCUGGAAGAGAACACAAAAUAGACGCUGCAGUGACAAAUGAGAUCAGAGAACUGAAGAAACAACUACAACAUACAUUGUCAAAACUACAUGAUACACAAGCUGAACUUGAUGACACAAAGACGAGACUGAGUAAGGCCAUGGGGGACCGUUUGACAGAUAACAAUCCAAACAUUACUGCCCUAAGCGACAGGAAUCGUCCUACAAAACUUGCUGAAAAAUGUGCAGAGCUGUAUGAUAAUCAAUGGACAGAUGCUUAUGAAAUUCUGGAGAAAUGUUUUUCAACUGAUGAGGCUGUGAUUGAAUCUCUUUUGCACAUCUUACAGGCAACUAUGGACUUCUGUCGGAAUACGGCCCAACACAAGCUGGAUGAACGGACAUUACAAUUUGCAGACAAACACGAACAUGAAAAUACGGAUGUAUCAAACAGUGUGCAUAAACAUUUCAUGGACACAAGAAAAGCAGCGGCGUCUUCAGAACUUGAAAACCUACGCAAGGUAAAUGAUCCCCCUGUUGCAUUUGCGCCUUUAGUUGAAAAGGGUACAAACUUCAACUCAGAUUUAUACAAACCGUACACAUUUGGCGGGACACACGUCGAAUAUGUUGUAUGGCCUGCUUUGUUAUUACAUGAAGGUGGUCCAAUUCUAGCAAAAGGUGUAGCUCAAGGCGGUGGUGAUCAGCAUGGUGGUGGCGGUGGUCCGCAUCGUGGUGGCGGUCCGCAUCGUGGUGGUGGUCCAUCUGGUGGUGGUGGUCCGCAUGUUGGUGGUGGUCCGCAUGUUGUUGGUGGUUCCCAUGGUGGUGGUGGUCCGCAUGUUGUGGUGAUCCGCAUGAUGGUGGUGGUCCGCAUGGUGGUGAUGGUCCGCAUGUUGGUUGUGGUCCGCAUGUUGGUGGUGGUCCGCAUGUUGGUGGUGGUCAGAAUGCUGGUGGUGGUCCGCAUGAUGGUGGUGGACGGCAUGGUGGUUGUGGUCUGCAUGGUGAUAGUGGUCCGCGUGUUGGACCACGGUGGUGGACCGCAUGUUAGUGAUGAUCCGCAUGUCGGUGGUGGUCCGCAUGGUGGUAUUAGUCCGGUUGGUGAUGGUGGACUUGGUCAGCAUGGAGGUUGUGGUCUGCAUGUUGGUGGUGGUUAUCCGCAUGGUGGUGGUGGUCCGCAUGUUAGAGAUCUGCAUUGUGUUAGUGGUCCGCAUGGUGGUGGUGGUACACAUGUUAGUGGUCUGCAUGGUGGUAGUAGUCCGCUUGGUGGUGGUGGUCUGCAUGUUAUUGGUCCGCGUGAUGGUUGUGGUCCACAUGGUGGUGGUCUGCAUGUUGGUGGUGGUCCCCAUGGUGGUGGUGGUCCGCAUGUUGGUGGUCGUUCCCAUGCUGGUGGUGGUCCGCAUGUUGGUGGUGGUCCUCAUGCUGGUGGUGGUCCACAUGGUGGUGGUUAUCCGCAUGGUGGUGGUGGUCUGCAUGGUGAUAGUGGUCCGCAUGGUGGAGUUGGUCAGCAUGAUGGUGGUGGUCCGCAUGUUAGAGAUCUGCAUUGUGGUAGUGGUCCACAUGGUGGUGGUGGUACACAUAUUAGUGGUCCGCAUGGUGGUAGUAGUCCGCUUGGUGGUGGUGGUCCGCAUGUUAUUGGUUUGCGUGAUGGUCGUGGUCCGCAUGGUGGUGGUCUGCAUGUUGAUGGUGGUCCCCAUGGUGGAGGUUGUCCGUAUGGUGGUGGUCCGCAUGGUGGAGAAAUUGAACGGAAUACAAAGCUGUUGCAGGAAAGGGAAUCUUUAUUGAAAAUGCAAAAGAAAGAAGCAGAGGAAAGAUUAAGAGAAUGCAAGCAAGAGAUGGAACACGAGAAAGAACAAUUACAUAUAAUGAAAUUUCAGAUGUGUAAAGAAAUUGAAGGUUUGAAGAAAGAAUUGACGAUAAAGAAAGCAGCAUUACAGGAAAUUCAUUCUAAGUAUGAAGAUUCUUUGAAACUGCAUGAAGAGACAGAAGUAAAACUGAAUGGAAUUAUCAUCCAUAAAGACAUACAAAUCCAAAAGUUUUCAGAGGAUAUUAAGAAAAGAAAUCUUGAAAAUAAAGAAACCGAAUGUCAGAUUGCUGAAUUAAAACGUCAGUUGAAGGAAAUAAGUAACGCUUUUGAGCAAAGGGAGUCUGAAUUAGUAAACAUGAAUAGGUGUUUGCAGUUGCAACAUAAGACUAUGGAGACAGAUAUGAAGAAACUAACUUUAGAUGUCACUCAUGAAAAUGAAUUAGCAAGAACAAAUAAAUUUCGUAUGGAGAAAAUGAAUGACGAAAUUGAAAGCCUUAAAUUAGAAUUGUUCAAAAAAGAAAGGUACAACAAAGAUUUAAAAGAUGAUAAUUAUCGGAUGAAAAAAGAAGAAACAAAAUUGAAGUCCAUUGUAAACAAACAGAGGGAUGAAAUAAAAAAUCUUAAAGGAGAAAUUGAGGAAAAAGAUAUUGAAGUUACACAUGUUGACCAAAGUAAGGAACUUGAACUGUUUAAAAAAGAAUUAAAUAAAUUAAAAGAAGAAGAGCUUGACCUGCGUGAAAUGAACCAAGUUCUACGGAAUAGAAAUGCUGAAAUUGAAAAUGAAGUUACUGUAUUGACAAAUCAGCUGGAUGAAAUUUCAAAAACGUCAAAUCAGACUGAAAAUGAAUUAAGAAAUAUCAAUCAUUCUAUGAAACAGCAAGUUAAAAAUGCAGAAAUGAAAUUAGAACAACAACAGCUAGAAAUCUCACAGGAAAAAGAAUUGACACAAAAACAUCAAACACGCAUCGAACAAUUGACCAAGGAAAAAGAAUGUUUAAAUCUAGCAAUAAAGGAGAAACAUACCACAUUUCAAAAAUAUCAUGAACGGUUUAAAAUUGCAAAUCAACGAAAGGAAGAAGCAGUUUUAGAACUGAAUAUAAUCAUCAACAAGCAAAACAAAGAAAUUCAACAUCUUCAAGAAGAAAUUGAAAAGAGGGAUAUGAAACUAGCUAGCGUUGAUAAAGUUAAUAAACGUAUCAAUCAGUUGCAACAAGCUGUAAAUGAGUCCCAUGAAAAAGAGUCUGAUUUAAGUAAAACUCUCAAUGCCCUACAAAGAGGUUAUCAAGAAAAAGAAGAUCUGGUAAGUAACUUAAACAGUCAGAUAAAUGAAAUGUCAGAAGCAUUUAACAAAAGAGAAACAGAUUUGAAAAUUAUCAAUCGUUCUUUGCAAACACAACUAAACACUACAAAAGGAGAACUUGAACAGCUACACAAAGAUGUAUCACACGACAAAGCAUUAGUUAGCACAAAUCAAAAGCAUAUGGUAGAAAUGGGUAAAGAAAUUGAAAAAUUAAAACAAGAUUUGAAGCACAAAGAAAUAACUUUGCAAGAACAUAAGGUUCAAUAUCAAACUUGUAUUAAAAUAAAGAAAGAGGAAGAAUUGAAACUGAAAGCAAUUAUCGAGGAACAAAAGUGCAUAAUUCAAUAUUUUAAAGACGACAAUAAGAAAAAAUAUAUGGAAGUUAAAAGUAUAGAAGAAAUAAAGAAACAAAAGGAUCAGGUUCAAGAAGCAUUAGAUGCUCUUCGAGUUAAAGAAGCUACGCUAAGUAAACGUAGCCGAGUUCUUGAAAUCAAAAAUAAAGAGAAAGACGGAGAAGUCACUGAAUUAAAGAAACAGCUUGAUGACCUGAGGAAAACAUUGAAUCAAAAGGACAAUGAAUUAAGAAAUAGCAAUAUGUCUUUGAAACAGCAAUUAAACAUUAAAGAAAACGAAUUGAGGCGAAAAGAGGUAGAACAUUCAAAUGUAAAAGCGUUGAUAAGCACGAAAGACAAGCAUGAGAUAACAAUGGCUGGGGAAAUUGAACGCUUAAAGGUAGAAGUGAAGCUUAAAGAAACAUUGUUGCAAGAAUGUAAUGUAAAGUUAAAAGAUGCUGUGAAAGUUAAAGAAGGAACAGAAUCAAACCUGAAAGAAAUCAUAAUUAAACAAAAUGAAGAUAUUAAUAAUUUAAAAGCCAAAAUAAAAAUGCAAACUGAUCAAAAUGUCACCAUUGAUGAAGUAGAAAGCCGUAGCAAACAAAUUCAACAAGAAUUAAAUGAGUCACACAAGAAAGAGGCUGAAUUAGGUAGAACAAUCGAUAUUCUACAAAGAAGAGACAAAGAAAACGAAGGUCAGAUAAGGGAACUGAAAGAUCAGAUGAACGAAUUGUCGAAUACGUCUAAACGAAAGGAAAAUCAAUUACAAAGUAUGAAUUCCUCUUUGCAAACACAACUCAAAAAUACAGAAUCAAAAUUGAAGGAGCUGCACCUAGAGUAUGAUAUCCAGUGUAAAGAUGCUCUUAAAACUAAACAAGAAACUGAAUGGAAACUGACAGAAAUCAUCAACAAACAAAACAAUGAAAUUCAACAUCUUCAAAAACAAAUUGAGAAAAAAGAUAUAGAAGCAAAUGAUAUUGCUGCGCAUAUGAAGAUGUCUGAAAUGGAUACAAGGAUUAAUGAUUUAACGAAUAAAUUGAAAACAAAGAAAGACGAACUUCAAAAAGGAGAAGAAAACUUUAGCGGCAUAAUCGAUUCACAAAAAGAGCAAAUUCGGCAUCUUGAGAGGGAAGUUCAGAAGCAAGAAAGAAAGAUGGAGUCUGUGGAGAAAGUAAAAAAUAAUGAGCUGGAUCAAAUGAAAAACAAUGUUGAUGAAUUGGAAAAUCAAAUGAAACAUAUGCUAUCAAAAUUUCAUGACACAGACGCCGAAUUAGAUGAAACAAAAUCAAGGCUUAGUUGCUUCAUGGAAGACAAACGGAGUGACAGCAACCCAAAAAUAACCGAUUUAAGUGACAGAAAUCGUCCUACAAAAAUAGCAGAGAAAUGUGUUGAGAUGUACGAACAUGAAUGGACGGAUGCCUUUGAUGUUUUAAAAAGGCUUUUCCGAACAGAUGAGACUGCAAUUGAAACUUUCUUGCUUAUUUUACAGAACACCAUGCAUUUCUGUAAGACAAUGGCUCGGCGUCAGAUUGAAAUUAUAGAGCGUGACAUGUACUUCGCAGAUGAAAAUGAACGAAUUGCAGCAUCAUCAUCAUCAUACAUUCAAAAAAUAAUUAAAGACAGGCGAAAAGCUUCGGCAACGGAUGCUGUGAGAAAUCUUAAAAAGAUAUAUAUUGCACAGCUGAAACAAUCGAAAGAUGAAAUAAUGAGAGCUGCACUAGACGUUGAACCGUAUACAUUAGAAUGUAUCGAAAUCUGCUGGUUAAUGCUGAUACAAGACCCGCCAGUUGUUUUCGCUCCUUUGCCAAUAAAAGACUCGUGUUUCAACUCUGAAUUUUACAAACCGUACACAAAAAGCGGAACUCAUGUCGACUUCGCUGUAUGGCCUGCCUUAUUACUGCAUGACGGAGGUCCAAUCCUAGCAAAAGGAGUGGCCCAAGGGUACGAAAAUAAAUAAGAAAUGACGGAAUAUAGGAAUGGGCUGCAAAAUAUUAAAACUUUUGUAUAUAUAUGUAAUAUAAGAAUGAUUAUUUAUAUUAGAUUCAUUUGGCACAUGACCUUUUGUUACGGAUAUAUCCGCAAAGCAAAAAAAAAAUGUUUAACCUACAUUUACUCUAUUUAAUUUUGUUAUUAAAAUUUGGACGUCCUCCAUUUGAGCAUUGAAUUUCUAAAAUAUUUAUCUUCAUCUAUCAAUUUGACAUUUUUCUUUUGUUUUCUAAUAUAGAGUAGUUUACUCUAUUGAUAUGUUAAUAGGCUUUUAUUUGUAAGACAUAGUUGAGGUUGUGUAAUUGGAAUGAUAAACAUAUUUACUUAAUGUGUAUGCUGAGAAUAGAUAUUCAUUUCGUCAACAAAUAUUGUAAACAAAUUAACCAUAGUGGUUAUAAAUAAAUAAAGUAAACAGUAAUAACAAUAGAAGCAAAAUAUAUUAAACAGUUAUGAUACUUAAUGUUAUAUCAUUGUAAAUUGUAUUUGUCUAUGAAGAAAUGUUUUGAAUUGAUUUCAUGUGAAGGUAUAAUUAUUGUGUAUCUGUUCCGGUAUGCCUUAUGAAAUAUUCAUCUCCAUUUUUUAAAGUGACAUUACUAACAUCUUUUCCUUAUCUUAUACAUCCGAAUUAACUAUAAAUUUAAAAAAAAGAUUUAAUAAUGGGGAUUGACCAACUACUGAGAAUGUCGAUUGAUGAUGAUGCAAUUAAAAUAACAUCUGCUUACAUAAUAAAAAGACUGCGCUACUCUUUUUUAUCAAAUUAUCAUUAUCGAUAACAAUGUUAUUUUAGCAAUAACCCAUGAGAUGUGAGAUGACAAAUGACUUCGACACGUCAAAUAUUGCAUUAUAAAUAUUAUGUUUUAUUAUAUGAUCUAUAUAUAGCUUCAAUCUCAUUGGUCUAAACAGAAGUCAACUAAUCGUGCGUGCUUAUUAAAACGAUUGUAUCGUUUUGUUCUUUAUGGCAUACUUUUCGAUUAAACUAUCAUUAUUUUACUAUUGUAGUUAAAGUUUACACCGCAAUGAUGUAAACUUGAAUUACUUUUGUAUGCGCAGCGUUCGCGUAGUUAAUGCACGCCUGACAAUUGUGUCUUUUUUCCAGCGCUUCAACUAAACAGGCAGAAGUUGUACAUGUACAAGGUUGUACUUUCUGUGAUAUUUUUAAUUCUUAUUGGCUAUUCAUAUAAUAAAACAAUUAUUGACUAGUGGACAUGUGAAAAUGAUAUGAUAUUCACCGGCAGAAAGGCAUAUUGACCUCAGCUAUCGCCUCGGUCAUCUAACGGUGAAUAUCACAUCAUAUUUAAUGGCACACGAGUCAAUAAUUGUAUAAUGAUAUGUGUCCGCGAUUAUGGAAACACAUAUUUCGUUGAUUUCAAUGAAAGUACACUUAAUAUUAUUAUAUGAUCUGAUGUGUCGAGUUAGAUAAUAUUGGGGGUUAAAUUGGUAAACAAUAUCACAGUUAUACUUUAACAUACGUACUUAAGUUUCCAGAACAAGAGUAAGGCCUUUCUUGGAGUUGUUUCAUAUUGAUUUUCUGUUUUUAAAGACGGUGCAUUUAACAGAAUGUAUAAAAAUGGAUAGUAUUAUCACUGUACAUAAAUUUGUACCUAGUUUUGUAUUCUGAUUUAGUGAAUGUUUUACUGACAUAUCCUUUUUAUAUAUACUUUUUAACUAUCAUAUUUUUUGUAAAUCUAAGGAGAUGUACGUCGAUCGUUUUGUUACCAAUACCUUUAGAAGGACUUGACGACAAUUUUAUCGUUUGUUAAUUGUUUGAUGUCUGUUGUUGUAUUGGAAAAAACACUCAUUUGUUUUCUUUUCUCCUGGUAAUAAAUACAUACAGAGCAAAAGAGAUGAAGCGUCAUUCAAGAAAUUUUAGAAAAAAAAUAAUAGUCCAUCAAUAAUGUAUAUAAUUUAUUAUAAUGUAUGGUUUAAGUAAAAGGAAACACAUCUGUAAAUAUAAAUAUACAAUAUACAUAAAUGUGGUUUACUUUUUUGGUAUCAAUAGCAUAUAUACAUGUAUACACUUUGUUGUUUAAUGAAUACAUUAAAGAGCUAUUUUCAAUGUAGAAUCAACACUUUUCUAUACACGCUAUAGAUGUAUAAAUGUAUAAACGCUUACCAUCCCUUUUGUGUAAGAGAGAUCGUCUAUAAGUUGAAAUUCAUUUCUAAUUGUUAGUACUAAACAAAAUCAGUUCUACUCUCUAUACCUGAUUCAAGUUCUUAUUUUACAUAACAACGCAUUAUUUAUUAUUUCCACGUUUGUUAUCACAUAAACAUGAUCAAAUUUGCGUGUUUAUAAUGAAAAGGGGAGCUAGUACACAAUGAGUAGCUAGUACUUCAUAGAUACACUAUAACCACAGCAUUCUCUGAAUCUUUGAAAAUAAAAAUAAUCAUCCAUAUCAAAUGAUGUGUUCGUUAUAUAUAUGCAAACAUAUGACCUUUGAUGAUUUUGAUUGAUCUUUUUACGAAAAAAUAAAGCCCUACUGGUUUUGAAACAGUCGAUAGUUUGAUGCUUUUUGGGCAUUCCUUUCUUGCAAAAAAAAGCCACAACUAUCCCAUCAUAAAGGUAUAUAGAAGACAGACAACCGUAAUAUUGAUACAGAAAAAUACGAAGAAGCUUUACGGGCGAAACUUGAAAAUGUGAGUUCUCAAGCGAAAAUCUUUGACAAAAUUUAAAAUACUUUCGAGGUUCCCAUAACUGAUAAUGGAAAGAAUACGUCAGAAUAAAGAUUUCAGUCACGGCUGUUGUAGAACAUAUAAUUACUCCGAUAAACAGUGAUGGAAAUAUGCUAGCCAAUCAUUUUAGAUUAUGGGUAAGAGGCUUCUUUAGUAUUUAAGCAUAUCAAAAUACCAAACUCGCAAUUUAACAUAAAAACGUCGGGUCACUGUUAAUUAUACGUUAUUACAUCAUCACAUUGUAAAACAUAGAAUGUUUGUUGUAAACAAUUAAUAUGUACAUCUGUACGAAAAACCGAAAGGGUCAUUUCAACUUCAUGAAUUCUCGAUUUCAUCUGCAUGAAUCACAAUUUUAACUUCCUGAAUUCCCGAUUUCAACUUCCUGAAUUCACGAUUUCAACUUCACGAAUUCACGAUUUCAACUUCAUGAAUUCACGAUUUCAACUUUAUGAAUUCAACUUCGCGAAUUCACUAUUUCAACUUCAAAAAUUCACGAUAUAAGCUUUAUGAUUCACGAUUUGAACUUUUCAACUUAUGAAUUAACGAUUUUAACUUCACGACUUCACGAAUACAUGGAGCUGAAAUCGUGAAUUCGUGAAGUUGAAAUCGGGAAUUCAUGAAGAUAAAAUCCGGAGUUCUUGAAGUUGAAAUGUCCCCACCGGUCUUUCGUAAAAAUCUUUCCGUUUUCAUUUCUUCUUUUUUCAUUUCCGGUAAAAUUUAAAAAAAAUCUGGAAUGUCGCUCAUUAAGUUAGUCAUAUAAGACAAGUACAGACAAUCAAAUACAAUUAAAGGAAAAUAAUUGAAGUAGACAUAUUAAAUGAUUAGAAACAUUUAUUAAUGUUUUGCUUUCUUACAAAGAACACAUUCCUUACAUCUGUUUCGUUUACUUAUCACCUCUAUCCUAAUAAGUUUUAUCAUAUUAAUAGUAUAAUGGUAAACAUGACAAACUGAAACUUUUACACCCAUCGGCACAGCUCCUGAAAUACUGCACUCAUUAAAAGCACAUACACACAUGAUUCUGUGUUAUAAUUAUUAAAUGGGUACUGCUUAGUAUAAAGCUAUAUAUAAUAAUGAAAUAUUUUUAAGAAAUGUAUACACUUUUAUGUUUAAAAUCUGUUUUCAAAAUUCAAAAUAUUUUCAAUUUAUAAACUACAGACUAAAGAUAUAAACUUAUUAUAGAUAUUCACUUAAGUUACUAUGAUGAAAGUAUUCCGGUCUUUUAGCUUGCACGUGCUGAAAUGGUCGAUGCAACAAUGGAGAAUGUUCGCGGAAUAUAUAAUAUUAAUGAAUAAAGUCAGGAUUCAAAUAUCAAAUAUUGAAUAUGAUUGGUUUAAAUGUUGUUUUAUGAUUCGUAUUAAACACUUAAUGCCGCAGUACCUACAGUUAUAUUGUUUUAUAGUAUUCUGAUAUGAAAAGUAAAGAGAAAAAUAAUCGUGACCACAUUUUGAAAAAAAAAAUAUUGCAAAAUGUGUUUGAAAGAUGUGGGAAAAUAGAUAUUAACAAAAUGAGUACACCAAAUAUACAUAUGAUAAAUAAAUCAAUCAGCUGUUAAUAUUUACUUCCUAAACAAAAGAG